AUGUAUCCUUCUUUGGUUUGCUUUUUAUUCGCAAUCUUCUUUGUUUCGACUACGACGACCAAGCUUCUGCGUCUGUUUCUCAACGCACAUGUCUUUCCGACCGGCGUCUUCAUCUUUUGCCUACCGGUCUUCAUCGUUCCCGAUAUUGUCUUGACUAGUCUGGUUUGGCUUCUGUUGCGCCGCAGGAAUGGGUUAUUUGCCCUGCUUGGGUUUGUCGUUGGCGCCUUGAUCUGCCUCGUCAAUCUUGGCGCUGCUUCCUCCCAGUUGGGCUUCUUUUAUCAAACUGGUGGCGAGAUCGACUGGGGCGACGCAACCUCGUUUGCCUUUAGCGAGGAGGGCCGAAAAGUCUUGCUCAGCGAGGGUGCGACGCCGCUUGCCUUUACCUGUAUUAUUUUGAUAGUCUCAUGGAUUGUCAAGCUCCGACUCUACAAAGCUGUGAGCGCGGCCCUGGCGGCCGGUGAGAUUCAUGCACGAUCAGUAAUUCGAUGGACUGCGUCCAAGGCUGGUGUCGGCGGAUCGUCACCAAAGUCAAAGGGGGAAACCGAGUCCUCUCUCCUACCCACCCACGAAUACGACGACUCCGACUCCGACUACGAUGAGCUGCCCAGCAACACGCGCCGACGGGCUAGCGACGGCGAUGCCAUGUCGCCUCGUGCCAUGCAAUGCCCGCGCUUUGUUCCUUUGAGCUUUAGCGUCAUGGUCGUGCUGGGUUUCCUUUCCAUUUUGGUACUCUUCGACCCGGAGCGGCCGUACAGUCGCAUGUUUACCACCUUGCCGCUGCCGCUGCUCGCCGUUUUUGCGCCAAAGUCUGUCGAAUGUGCAACGACUUCCUGGCCGCUGCCCGACCUUCUGGACCGCGCGAAAUGGGAGUCACCCAAGGGAAAUUUCAAGGGCUGGGCUCCGGGCACGGCAAAUGACAUUAUCCAAAAAUACCGAGAGAGGAAGCCCGACUGGCUGCCGGCAGAGCUGCCCCAGGGCUUCACUCGUUGGGACCCCGAGGCCACGACAGCCACUGUCCAAGAACUCGUCAAAAACACCACGAGUCACGACCACAGCUGCCCGGAUCCGCUCGUACUGGACCCGUAUUACAAUCCCGCAAACGAUCCCAUGAAGAUCUCCAACCUAGACAACCCGGUGUUGCAGCCCCUCCAAAAGGCCUUGCAGGACGGUUCGGUGAAGAUUAGGCACAUUGCCCUGAUUUUGAUGGAAAGCAUGCGUGAAGAGCUGUUUCCCUUGCAGCAGGGUUCUGGUUUCCACGACUUGCUUAUAAAGUCCCACGACGACCUCGACCAGGACGACGUCAAUGAGCUGCUCUCGCACAUCUCUCCCAAUACCGAACGAGUCACCGGCAAACCGGGCAACUGGAAGAGCAAAAACGGCACAGCCUUUGGGCGCAAGUACGCGGAAUGGAAUGACAAGACGAAGGAUGGCUUUGGUGGCGUCAAUGUGAAUGGCGGGCUCACCACGAGCAGCGUAUCGACCAAGAGCUUGGCCGCCGUCCACUGCGGCGCUUGGCCGAUGCCGGUCGACAUGUUCGAGGAAGCAGAGACGGAAAGUUAUCAGCCGUGCCUCCCAGAACUGCUCCAGCUCUUCAAUACACUCAAGCCCAACACCUCGUCGAGCAACUUCCGCGACCACCAAUGGUACCCGGCCUUUUUCCAGGCCGUCACGGACGGCUACGAUCGCCAGGACAAGUUUGAUUCCAAGAUUGGCUUCAAGCACAUUGUGAACAAGAACCGCAUCAAGGAGGACGCCGAGAACAACCCCGAGUUGGAAGAGAUCAACUACUUUGGCUUCCCGGAAACAGCCCUCAAGACGUACAUCACCGACUACAUCACUAAUGCGACGGCAAACAACCAGCGCAUGUUCCUGUCGCACUUUACCAGCACCACGCACCAUCCCUGGGCGGUGCCCAAGUGGUUCAACUCGAGCGAGUACAUGGGCUCGGCGCACGGCUUGAUGCAGACGCACAAGGACCUCAACAGCUACCUCAACACGAUCCGCUUCAACGACGCGUGGAUUGGCCAGCUCAUGCAACUCUUUGACGAUCAGGGCAUCUCGGACGAGACGCUUGUUAUUUUCGUGGGAGAUCACGGCCAGGCCUUCAAGGAGGACUUUAGCAAGACGGGCACCUAUGAGAAUGGCCACAUUAGCAAUUUCCGCGUGCCCAUCACCUUCAGGCACCCCAAGCUCCCCCGGGUGCAGCACAGAGUCAACGCAACGUCGCUCAGCAUUCUGCCCACCAUUCUCGACCUCCUCGUUAACACCGGGUCACUCAACCAAAAGGACACUGCUGCCGCCGCAGACUUGGUACAAGACUACGAAGGCCAGUCGCUUAUUCGGCCCUUCAAGACCACGCACAAGGGCCGCCGUGCGUGGAAUUAUGGUUUGGUCAACCCCGGCGGCAGAAUGCUGACCAUCACCUCGUCAGACACACCUUGGAGGCUGAUUCUCCCCUUGGACAAGAAGACAGAAUACGUCUUCUCAGACCUGGGCAAAGACCCGAUGGAGUUGAAACGUGUGUUGGAGUGGUCCAUCAACAGCUUGGCAUCCACGGUUCGCGGAAAAUACGGCGACGAGGCCGCCGAUUGGCUCCUUGAAGCAGAAAAAGUUGGCCUGUGGUGGGCCUCGGAGCGAAAAAGACUUUGGAAUUACGACCCUUCAUAA